AUGCAAUCAUCAUACAUUGAUGCGGCUAUCCUUCUCAAGGUCACAUCAGCAAAGUCUUGCAUCCCAGUUAAGUUCUUUCCAGAUGAAAUUCAUACAGAUCCUCAAAUUGAAACAAUUAUGACGAAUUCAUUAGUGAAAUGCAAGACAGAAUUAAUAUUCUGCUACACUCUUGAUACAAGAAUUGCAUUCGCAUACUCAUUUAAGCUGAAAGAUGAAUACUAUUCUAUUUCCAUCAUCACAACUUAUCAUUAUCCUAAGCUCUAUGAAAUAUUUUAUCUUGAAAUGUCACAAAACUUCAAAGGAUCAGAACAUGAGAUGACUGCUGAAGAAAUGUUUGAUGUUAUGACAAAUACACUCCCGACAUGGGUGAAUUUCCAAAUGGAAAGACUACAAGAGGUAGACAUUAAAUCAAUGUACGAGUAUUUAUCUACAACGGCAGACUUUUUUUCAGAUUAUGAUCCAUAUUUAUACUUUGAAAAUUUCAAUACAGUUAACAGUGCAUGGAAAGCCCUUCUUAAAGGUACAGGAUUAUUAGUUGUUGCAGAUACACCAGAUCUUCUUAUGAAAGCAGCAUUUGCAGCCCUUUGCAUAAUUUCUCCUUUGAAAUUCCAAGGAAACUUCAUUAUAUCGGUUUGCGAUUUUGAUUGGAGACUAGACGACCUUGAUCAAUACGAAGUAGUAUGUGUCUUACCUAAUACCCUUAAAUAUAUUAAUAGAAAAUUCAAAAUUGCCCUUAAAGCACAGGACUUAGCUUUUGACUUUAGCGGUUCCCGAGAAAAAUUACUUGAGAAAUCAACAAAAUUUAAAGAGUUGUUGAUUUAUUUGAUGGAUAGAGUGCUUACAUUGAAUCCUUUCAAUGAUAUCUUGGAAGGACCUUAUGUUAAUGAUAGUUUAGAGAAAGAAAUGAAUCCAAGUAAGCACAGAGGCUCACUUCUCCCUCCAGAAAUCAGAAUUGCCGAGAAAACUUCGACAAUCAAGAAAUGGAGGAAGUCCAUUAUCUUUAGGGAUUCAUUCCGUGACAGUUUCCUAUCAUCUGAGCCAUCCAAUGUAGUCUCAUCCUUUAGUUUGCAUCAUGUCAAAGAAUUAUCAUCUAUUUUAGAUGAAAUAGACGAACGAUUCAAGGACGAUACACAUAUUCGUGCUGUUGUCAAGAAAUACAGGAAAGAAAUUGCUUCUUAUUUGGAAGCAUAUAAAUAG